AGUCUCCUCACCUCUUAAAUCAUAAGCCCUCUCCCUCCACACAACAACACACCUUAAUUACUAAAAAGUCUAAAAGUGUAAAAAAUGGCGAACGAAGUAGUAUUGUUGGAUUUCUGGCCAAGCCCGUUUGGAAUGAGGGUGAGGAUAGCGUUAGCUGAGAAAGAAGUGAAGUACGAGUAUAGAGAUGAGAAUUUGAGGGACAAAAGUGAGUUACUUCUCAAAAUGAACCCGGUUCAUAAAAAGAUUCCGGUUCUCAUCCACAACAACAAACCGGUUUGCGAGUCUCUUAUCAUUGUUGAGUAUAUAGAUGAGGUUUGGAGUGACAAAUACCCUUUGUUACCCUCUCACCCUUAUGAAAGGGCUCGUGCUCGCUUUUGGGCUGAUUUUGUCGAGAAAAAGACGUAUACCACAGGGAGGAAUAUUUGGAGUACAAAAGGCACAGAACAAGAGGCAGCAAUUAAAGAGUUCAUAGACCACUUGAAACUGUUGGAGCAAGAGCUUGGGGAUAAGCCUUAUUUUGGAGGGGAUAAAUUUGGCUAUGUUGAUCUUAUAUUCAUCCCAUUCUAUAGCUGGUUUUAUGCCUAUGAGACGUUGGGUAACUUUAAGAUUGAAGAGUCGUGCCCAAAGAUCAUCGAAUGGGCCAAGAGGUGCAUGGAGAGGGAAAGUGUGGCCAAGACUCUUCCAAAUCAUGAGAAGGUUUAUUUGGAGAUAAAGAAGGUGUAUGGCCUUUAAGUGAAUUUGAGUUUUCUGUUUUAUGGUAAGGAAUGAGUUGUUUAAUAAUAAGCGAAACAUGUGUUGGUUUCGCACUUUCGCUUUGGUAUUGUGGGACAUAUAUGUUUGUCGUAUGGUGCUUAUUAUUGUAAUGAAGUUAACAUUAAGCUUUAGUUUGUCAAA